UAUAUCUCGGAGAUAAUCUCUCGCCGCAUUAAAUAUUUUUCACAUCGAUAACAAUUAACCGAUUGUCAAUCGCAGCGCGAUUCAUAAAUGUUUCAAUUUGACGCUCGUCGAAGGCGGAACAUAAUUAAUUGAGUGACGGUGGACCGAGCCUCGUGUGCGCGGUAUGAGUACCGUCUGAUUCGUGCAAUGGACAAGUGGUCUCAUAAUUACGUGCGAUGAUACACGAGCGUGCGCGUGUCGGUGCGUGCGCGUGUGUUUAAGAUGGUGCGGAGCACAUCUUAAGGCGGGAUCAGUGCUUCGUGGAGGGCCGAGGGGAUCACGUGUACGAGAAACGGAUCGUUGUUUUUUUUUUGUUUUUCCGGCGCGAUUUCGAAUUUUCCGCGUGGACCAUUUCCGACGUGACGCGCGUGUAAUUACUCGUGAGAGAUGGUGCUCCCUGUGGUUUGGAUACUUUACAUCUGUAUAAUAGGCGCUCGCGCUGCGAACCGCGAAGGAAACCACCCAACGGUAAAAAGCCACGAGAACGACACGGUCCUGCUGCCUUGCUACGUAGAGGGCGCGCAAACUAGGGUGAGAUGGUGGCGAGAGGGGUCCCUCCUGGCCGAUAGUUUCGAGCAGAAGCUAACGUCGCCCGAGCGCAUCACCCUCUAUAGCAACGGCAGCCUGCGGGUCCUCCACGUGCAGCGGGAGGACAGCGGGGAGUAUGUGUGCCAGGCGAUCAGACCGUCUCCCUGGGGACACGUCACGCAAGUGCACGAGAUCGAAGUGAUGUAUCCACCCAGCGUGGAGACGGUGCCGGCGUCCGGCGAGCUGGAAGUCAAUCUUGGGGAGAAGGUGGAAAUGCAAUGCGUGACGAAGGGUGUACCGGCCCCCGUCAUAAGUUGGAGGACGAAGGACGGGGAAAUCCCAUUGUUGGACACUCGGCCGCAACUGAGAUUUCACGCCGACAACCGGAAUCUCUCCGGCAGGUAUACCUGCGUCGCCGAUAACGGAGUCGGCGAAUCCGCAGAGGCGCACAUAGACCUACGUAUCAGAUAUAGACCGGAGAUCUACGUGAAGAAGCCCUGGGUGCACGCAUAUCCGGGGAUACGAGUACAGCUGGAUUGCACGGUAACCGCCUGGCCCGAGGCGAAGAUUGAAUGGUACUUCAACAAUGAGACAGUAAAGUACACAUCGCGGAUAGUGAAACACAACGCCGGCAACGAUCACAGCCUAUUGAUAAGGCACGUAAAGACAACCGAUUACGGUGCCUAUCUCUGCAGAGCGUCGAACUCCUUAGGGAUUACCGAGAAGAUCGUCGAGCUGUCGGAGAUUGCGAAUCCGGCGGUGUUCAAGAAAGAAUCGCGCAGCACGUCCGGCACGUCGUACAAUUUUAUCUGGGAGGUCGACAGUUACAGUCCAAUCAUCGAAUACCAGUUUUGGUUUCGCAAAUACAGGAGAGGCAGUGGCGGCGAAUGGCACAAAUUGUAUAUUCCUGCUGGUGGCAGUGACAUCGUCAGCCCGGUGCACGUCCGCUCCUUCAAUCUGACGGGAUUGGACGCGGCGAGCCAUUACGAGGCAGUCGUAUUGUCCAGAAAUCGUUACGGAUGGAGCCACCCCUCAGAGAUACUGCGCUUUCACACCGAAGGAGCCCCUGUCGAUUCCAGUGAAAAUUCCGAGAUGGACGGUGAUCAAGAGCAAAACAGGGUAGCAGUUAUACAACUUUCAUCCAUGUCGCAGCAUUAUCUUUUGACAGAGGAAGCAAAUGGGUCAACAUAUAAUCGUGCACAAGUCUUGUCAUUGAUUUUAAGUACGCUGUGUACCUUAAUUAUAACGCGUGACAGAUUUUAAGUAAUGUAUAAAAUGCGAAAAAUAUAAAGUAGACUGUUGUAAUUUAUACAUAUAUGAUAUGACUAUUGUUAAAAUAUUAUCACUGUCAUAUUUGCGCCGAUAAAUUAUCUUCAUUAACGAAGAUAUCACAGCAUCUCAUUUAUAUACAAUUAAUUAUUUUACUCUUAAAGUUCAUAUAGUAUAAAAAUAUAUAUAAAUUUUUGUUUCAUAACUAUCUUAAAAUUUAUACUACAAUUAUACAAAUAAUUUGUAUAAUUAAAAUGGUGUGAUAUAAAAUAGAUGCUAAUAAGUAUAUCUCU